AUUCAGAACUGGUGUGUUUGAGAAUUUUAAUGGGGCAAGAUCAGAUGCACUAAUGUGAAUAAGGAUGGUGGAGAGAAAUGGAGAAACGAAGAGAAAUGUAGAAAAAUCUAGAGAAAUGAAGAGCAGGAAUUAAGUGCAGGAUACUCCGCACUGAGAAAUUCUAAGGUUAUCCGCUACAAACAAUGUUCUAAUGAUUGACAUGACCCAUGCUUAUAGCACCGUUUCUUGUCACGGUUUUCUUGGUAAGCAGUCAGACACAAAUCUCAAGAACACAUCUUAAAAACAUUUCACACUGAUAAGGAAAUACAUGGGAAGCAAGAAGCAGUAACCGUCACGCUGACCUACAAUGCCAUGAAAGCAAGGACACAGGUUUCCUGUGCCCCCAGCCUUCCUACUACAAGCAAGGACUGUGUGGAGACUGCUCAGCUAUGUCAGAAACUUCCUCCCACGACUCCUUCUAUGAUUCUUUAUCAGACGUGCAGGAAGAGGGCAAAAAUGCUGACUUCUUCCCAGGGCUCUCUGCUUUUCUCAGCCAGGAAGAAAUACACAAAAGCCUUGACCUGGCCCGCAGAGCUAUAGACAACUCUGAAACUGAAGAUUUUGACUCAGAAAAGGAAAUCUCACAGAUUUUCAGCGAGUCUUCCGUAAGCCUCUGCGAAUCUCCUUCCCACAAGGAGACCAAACCCUGCCAGCCGGCUCCCUCAGAAAGACCUCCAGACAACAGGCCAGCUCCUCUGCAGCCUCUGGUAGGAGAGCAAGCUGAAAGGAUCAGUUCCCCAGCUUCAAAGAGGAAAGCUGCAGUACCACCCCUGCUGGCCAGUCCCAGCUACAUCCGGAGCCUCCGCAAGGCUGAAAAGAGAGGUGCAAAAAUCCCCAAUCCAAGUGCAAAGCCCAAAGCUGCCCAGCAAAGCAAGACUGGCCCCCAGAGCCAACUGUGCGACAAGGCUGCUAGUUUCAUCGAGGAACUGACAUCCAUAUUUAGAGAGGCAGCCAAGCCAAGAAACAGAAGCCCAAAUGGUGAGUCCUCGUCACCCGACAGUGGGUAUCUGUCUCCUAAAAAUCAAUCAUCAACCCUGAUGACUGCCUCAGCCAGCCAGAGCCCCACUGGAGACCAGCUAGACCAACAGGAGAUGGAAAUAGAGGUCAUGCUACCUGAGGCCAGCCUUUGCUACCAGGCCCAGCAAGCCCCAGAAGCGGCCUUCACCCACAGCCCUCACCCACAGCCCCAGAAAGCCUGCCACUUGCCGACUGCACCUCGGUUCAUUCAGAAGCUGAGGAGCCAAGAAGUCGCCGAAGGAAGCAGAGUUUAUUUGGAGUGUAGAGUCACAGGAAACCCAACUCCCAGAGUCAGAUGGUUCUGUGAGGGGAAGGAACUGUACAACAGUCCCGACAUCCAGAUCCAUUGUGAGGGUGGGGAGCUGCACACCUUGGUCAUCGCUGAGGCCUUUGAGGACGACACAGGUCGCUACACGUGUCUGGCUACGAACCCCAGCGGCUCAGACACCACAUCAGCAGAGGUGUUCAUUGAAGGAGCCAGUUCAACGGACUCUGACAGUGAAAGCUUGCCUUUCGUAUCAAAAGCUGGAGCCAUGCCACAAGCUCAGAAGAAAACAACAUCCGUUUCCUUGACGAUAGGCUCCUCGUCUCCAAAGACAGGAGUGACCACAGCUGUGAUUCAGCCCUUAUCCGUGCCUGUCCAACAGGUUCACAGUCCAACGUCGUAUCUCUGCCGACCUGAUGGAACCGCCGUGGGCUGCCUUCUUCCUGUUUUUACUAAGGAACUACAGAACACAGCAGCCUCGGAGGGCCAGGUGGUGGUCCUGGAAUGCCGCGUCCGAGGAGCACCCCCUCUGCAGGUCCAGUGGUUCCGGCAAGGGAGGGAAAUCCAGGACUCUCCAGACUUCAGAAUUCUCCAGAAAAAACCGAGAUCAACAGCUGAACCGGAGGAGAUCUGCACCCUCGUCAUUGCAGAGACGUUUCCUGAAGACGCAGGCAUCUUCACCUGCUCAGCCAGGAACGACUAUGGAUCUGUGACCAGCACUGCCCAACUUACUGUCACCUCUGCCAACACGGAGAACUGUAGCUAUGACUCAAUGGGAGAAUCCAACAACGAUCACUUACAACACUUUCCACCUCCUCCCCCGAUCUUGGAAACAGGUUCCUGUGAGAUGGCAUCCCAGAAACCAUCUGAAAUCCAGCAGGUGAACAGCGCUGACUUAGGACUAAGCAUGGCAGCUCUUCAAAUGCAAUUCAACUCUGCCGAGAGGGAGACCAAUGGCGUUCAUCCCGGCCAUGGAGUCAACGGGCUGAUUAAUGGCAAAGCUUAUGGCGAUAAAUCUCCUCUAAAACCAGCUGCCCUGCUUUCGCCCACUAAGGAACCACCACCUCUCCUUGCCAAACCCAAACUGGAUCCUCUGAAGCUUCAGCAACUGCAGAACCAAGUGCGCCUAGAGCAGGAGGCGGGCGCCUGGCCGCCGGCGCCCCCGAGUGUCCCUUGCAACAGCAGCAGCAGUGGCAGCAGCGCACCCCCGUCGCCGCCCUUCCCGCCGCCGCCCCCCUUCCCCGAGCUCGCGGCCUGCGCGUCGCCGGUGUCCGCGGAGCCCAUGAGCACGCUGGCCUCCCGCACCGCCACCAUGCAGCCCUCAGGCUCCUUCAACUACGCCCGCCCCAAGCAGUUCAUCGCGGCGCAGAACCUGGGUCCCGCGUCGGGGCUGGCCACGCCCGCCUCCAGCCCCAGCUCCUCCAGCCUGCCGUCGCCGCUGUCGCCCACUCCCAGGCCGUUCGGCCGUGUGCCCGGGCCGCCCUUCGUGGAACCGGAGGCCAUGUGGGGCCCAUCCUCGCCCUCGCCACCGCCGCCGCCGCCGCCCGUCUUCAGCCCCACUGCGGCCUUCCAGGUGCCCGACGUGUUCCCGCUGCCGCCGCCGCCGCCGCCGCUGCCCAGCUCCACCGCGCACUGCGCCUCGCCCGCGCGCUUCGGUCCUGGCCAGACGCCUGCAGCCUUCCUCAGCUCCCUGCUACCCUCGCAGCCGCCACCCGUCGCUGUCAACGCCCUGGGGCUGCCCAAGGCCGUCACCCCCGUGGGAUUUCCAAAGAAGACCAGUCGGACUGCUAGAAUAGCCUCUGAUGAGGAGAUUCAAGGCACAAAGGAUGCUGUCAUUCAAGACCUGGAACGGAAACUUCGCUUCAAGGAGGACCUUCUGAACAAUGGCCAGCCGAGACUAACAUAUGAGGAAAGAAUGGCUCGCCGCCUGCUCGGGGCUGACAGCGCAAAUGUCUUCAACAUCCAGGAGCCAGAAGAAACAGCAGCCAAUCAGGAUGUUGGGGCUCCUCGGGCUUCUGUAGGGGGUCCUCUGGAUGGUCAAAAGGAGUACAGAGUUUCCAGCUGUGAGCAAAGGCUGAUAAGUGAGAUAGAGUACAGGCUGGAGCGCUCGCCUGUGGACGAGUCGGGGGAUGAGGUGCCCGACGCAGAGGUGCCCGUGGAAAAUGCAGCAGCACCCUUCUUUGAGAUGAAGCUGAAACAUUAUAAGAUCUUCGAGGGGAUGCCCGUGACUUUCACAUGCCGAGUAGCUGGGAACCCAAAGCCAAAGAUUUAUUGGUUUAAAGAUGGGAAGCAGAUCUCUCCAAAGAGUGACCACUACACCAUUCAGAGAGACCUUGAUGGGACCUGCUCUCUCCAGACCACAGCCUCUACCCUAGAUGAUGAUGGGAAUUACACAAUCAUGGCCGCCAACCCUCAGGGUCGUGUCAGCUGUACGGGACGGCUCAUGGUACAGGCUGUCAACCAGCGAGGCCGCAGUCCCCGCUCUCCCUCAGGCCACCCUCACGCCAGAAGGCCUCGCUCUCGCUCAAGGGACAGUGGAGAUGAAAAGGAGCCCAUUCAGGAGCGAUUCUUCAGACCUCACUUCCUGCAGGCCCCCGGGGACCUGACUGUCCAGGAGGGCAAGCUCUGCAGGAUGGACUGCAAAGUGAGUGGGUUACCAACCCCCGAUCUCAGCUGGCAAUUGGAUGGAAAGCCUAUACGCCCCGACAGUGCUCACAAGAUGCUGGUCCGUGAGAAUGGAGUACACUCCCUCAUUAUAGAGCCAGUCACAUCCCGGGACGCCGGCAUCUACACUUGUAUUGCCACCAACAGAGCAGGACAGAACUCAUUUACCCUGGAGCUUGUGGUUGCUGCCAAAGAAGCACACAAGGCCCCCGUGUUUCUCGAGAAGCUGCAGAACACAGGGGUCGCCGACGGGUACCCAGUGCGGCUGGAAUGCCGCGUUUCCGGAGUGCCACCACCUCAGAUAUUUUGGAAGAAAGAAAACGAAUCGCUCACUCACAGCACUGAGAGAGUAAGCAUGCACCAGGAUAAUCGUGGCUACGUCUGCCUGCUCAUUCAGGGAGCCACAAAAGAAGACGCCGGGUGGUACACGGUGUCAGCCAAGAACGAAGCCGGCAUUGUGUCCUGCACUGCCAGGCUGGACGUCUACACCCAGUGGCAUCAGCAGCCGCAGACCACCAAGCCAAAAAAAGUAAGGCCCUCUGCCAGCCGCUACGCAGCACUUUCGGACCAGGGACUCGACAUCAAAGCCGCCUUCCAACCUGAGGCGAGCCCAUCGCACCUGACACUCAACAGCGGCCUCGUAGAAAGUGAGGACCUGUGACCAGCACCCUUGUUGACGCUGAAAACUGAACACCAUUGCUUUGACCAACAUACUCCUCUGUCACGUUACGUAAAAGGCAGAAGUAUACUUUUGACAUUAAGAAAUUAAAAAAAAAAAAAACACCAAAAUCCUAUUUUCUUACUUAAUAGAGAGUCUAAAUAGGUGAUGCUUAUAGAGAUGUACACGUUGCACAGAAAAAUUCACAUUUACUGUCCAGGUUAAAACUUUUGGAAUUGCUGUGAUUAAAAUGGCCUAACAUGCCAAAAUGCCAAAAGAAAUCAACUAUCAAAGGUAACCACGAUUUAUGUUAUCUCUAAGUGCCUUUCAACACAAGCUAUAGGUGCUAAAGUGUGGCAGUGUGAAAUGUUUGACAGAUACUACAGUGACUCUGACUUGCAGUGUCUACAGACGGCUACAGUGAACCAAGUGCAAUAUGGAAGGAUGGAAAGAAUGGUGAUGAAAUCCAAGCGAAUGCCUUGUCUUUAAAAGUGCUUAUGUUAACUCAGAAGGAAGGAAUUCCUUGCCUCAUAGUUCACUCCUAUCAGGAGUUUUCCUUUUACGCUACCUUAAUAGGAAGCUUACUUAUAAUUCAUAGUAAAUAAAAGGCUAAUUUAAACCUGAACAACUGAAGUGUUCUAAAGAAAGCAGAUAUGUAUUAUAGUCCAUUCCACAAGAGGUAUCCAAACCACCCAAAUGACCAAGGCAUGUAGUGUUUGGAAGAAGCGGGUUUGGAAGGCAUGGAAAGAAUGAAGGAAGGAAUUGCUACCCACAUGGGAUCUCAUAUCCAUUUAGAUGAAAGCGCCAGGGGUGGGCCAGGCUCUUCUUUGGUUUUCCUCUAAACCUUAAAAACAUAGGUGCAAAAACACUGCCAUUAACCAGUCAAGGACUCAAGGGAGUCCUCUGGAAGUCUGGAGAGCAUGCGUGGGGGAGACUUCCGGUAGCUCAAAGUGUGUAGUAGCUGACGAUGUUAGUUAGUGUGUAGAGCAAGUUGGACAUGGUUGAGAUGGCAGGGGUGGCAUAAGUGGGAAGUCGCCUGUAAGGUCUCGUCUGCCUGAGGGAAAUGGAGAUGUGGGGGACAAGAACAGGCGUGUGCUGCAAUGAGUUUCUUUUCCACUGGCACUGAGAGGUGGUGAGUGGAGAUUACCGGUUCCCUUCACUCCCUCAUGCCACGGAACCUACCCUCCAGAGGGUGCCAGGCGCUGAGCAUCUGUAAAAGCAACUGCAAAGACCGCUUAUUGGAUGCACGGUUCUGCAUCAGCUAAAGUGUGUUGAUUCUGACCAGACUUGAUGACUUUAAGUCGGAACCAAUUUUUUUUUUUAAAUGAGAGAAAGUAAUUUGGCCUGGUAGUUUAAUACAUGAGGCUUUAAUGGUACUUUGCUAUGAAAAGAAAACACUGUGUUCCUCAUGCAAAACAGACUGUUGUUCACUAUUUAUAAAAGUGUUAAACUUUCUUAGCUCAGUUACUCAGUUCAUACAUAGUACUUCUUUAAAACAAUUUUGUAUCUGUAACCACCCGGUGUAUUUUGUAUUACUGCUUCACAUGCUUUCUACUUUUGUAAGGACACCAACCAACCGAGUUUAGCAGGCUUGAGCCCUGGACGGCGGAAGUUCCACGCAGUGCCGUGCCAGUCUCUUUGACCAUAGACACAUCGCUAAUGGGGGAGUUAAGUUACCACGCAGGGCCUCAUGGGCCUAUCUCUGUUGUAGAAUUGUGAUCUCUAUUAUAUCAUACUUGCCAAAUCUUUCUGAAUGUGACUUUUUUUUUUUUUUUUUUUUUUUGCUAAUUUGCUGGGCUUGGGAUUAACUAGCAUUCUUUUGCCACCUUUUAUGUUGUAUUUAUGAAAAAAAACAAAGUACUAUCAUCCUUUGGAUUGUUGUGCUGGUGUAAUGUGGACUUAACAUCAAUAAAUAAAUAUUUAACAAACA